GUCUUCCAUUCCCAUAUACACAACAAAUCCCACGACCCCAUUCCUCUUUUCGUCAAAAUCAUACUCACCAAUAUACAAUAUACACACAUUUACAUAUAGAUAUAUACACCAAACCCUUGCUAGAAAAUUUCACGCACUACACACACUAACUACACAGUUUAAUUCUUGACAAUUACAGAAAGAGGGAAGAAACAUUAAUCGUGCCACGAUCAUCCGAUGGCGGGUUUCCCAACGAUGAACAACGUGGACGUGGAGGCGGGCGGAAAGCGCGGGGGCAGGCUGUAUCCGGGCAUGCAAGAGGAUCCGAGGCUGAGAUGGGCUUUCAUCCGUAAAGUUUAUUCCAUCCUGUGCCUGCAGUUUAUUCUGGUAGUCGGGGUGGCUUUCGCCAUGCUUCUAACCCCACCUGUUCGCGAUUUCUUGCGUACUCCUAAUGGCAGAUAUGUCAUGAUUGCCCUCAUUCUUGUUACAUUUGUAUUAUGCAUACUGAUGCAUUGCUUUAGCCAAGUCCAUCCAUGGAACUAUCUUCUUUUGUUUCUCUUCACCCUCGCAAUGGCAUUUAUGGUUGGUGCUGUUUGCACUCAAAGCAUAGAUUAUCUUUCCUAUGGGGCCAAUGGUACAACAGGUGAUUGGAUGCCUCACUGCACUCGUGUUCUCGGGUUUUAUCAUAUACGACACUGAUAAUGUGAUAAAACGUUUCAACUAUGAUCAGUACAUUGAUGCAGCAGCCUGCCUUUUCAGUGACAUGAUCAACCUCUUCUUGAGUCUGCUUUCCAUUAUUCAAAGUGGUAGAUGUUAAUUUUGGGCUGACCUCAAACCAAAUAGAUAUGGUUAUCCACACUUCAUCAAAAGAUAUUCUAUUUUUUAUAAAAUUAUAAGUAAACCUCGUUGAUGUUAGGAGUAUUGUGUAGUUUUUGUUUUUAAUGAGGUGUCGAUGUAAAUUAUAAUUCCAAACAUAAAGGGUGUACUUAUAUUUUGCAAAGGGUAAAGAAUAUUUGUGUGAUUUAUCGUAACUUCAGCUAUUGUUAAUGUAAUUUACCCAAUGGGUAUUGAAAUAAUGUUUUAGAGUAGUGUUGUUGGAUAGUUGUUGUACAGAAAAGUGUAAGUACGGUAUUAAGGUAAACUUGUAAGAGAUGUUGGGGAACUUAAUG